AUGACGGAAGCGUUCACAGAGACGACAGCUGAAUACCUUUAUGACGAACAAGCUUUUCCCUGCAAUAAGGCUGACAUCAAAGAAUUUGGGAAAAUAUUUCUGCCGAUAUUUUACAUUGCCGUGUUUGCUCUUGGCCUCACAGGGAAUCUAAUGGUGGGGUUUGCCAUUGUGAAAGAAGGAAGUAAAAAAAGCAUCACUGACAUCUAUCUCCUGAACUUGGCUGUCUCAGACCUUCUCUUUGUGAUCUCCCUCCCCUUCUGGGCUUCCAACACGGUGCGUGGAUGGACCCUCGGGACUAUUCCAUGCACAGCUGUUUCCUCGCUGUAUUACAUUGGUUUCUUUGGGGGCAUGUUCUUUAUCACUGUUAUCAGUAUCGAUAGAUACUUGGCCAUUGUCCGGGCAACAUACUCUCUGAAAUCCAGAACAGUGAAACAUGGCUUUCUUAUAACCUGCGGAGUGUGGGCAAUAGCGGUUUUAGUUUCAGUGCCACACUUUGCGUUCUCCCAGCUGGUAGAAAACGACUGCACUUCGGUCUUCCCCCAGGAGCUGGAGAACAUCUGGCCAGUGUUCUGCAAUGUGGAGCUGAACACCGUCGGCUUUUUCAUCCCCAUCUGUAUCAUAUGCUAUUGCUACUGUGGGAUCAUCAAAACCCUGCUGUCCUGCAAAAAUCAGAAAAAAAAACGAGCCGUAAAACUGAUCUUGGUUGUGGUGGUUGUGUUUUUUCUGUUUUGGUCGCCCUACAAUGUACUGAUUUUUCUAGAGACUUUAAAGCACUAUGAGUUAUUCACAAGUUGCAACGAAAUUAAGUCGUUGGACUACGCGAUGCACCUGACCGAAACUAUUGCAUUCAGUCACUGUUGUCUCAAUCCUCUUAUCUAUGCCUUUGCUGGGGAAAAAUUCAGGAAAUACCUUUAUCACGUCUGCUUAAAGUACUGCCCAUUCCUGUGUUUCUGUGGUCCUUGCAGUCGCUACCAGGUCACCCACUCAGCUAGCUACACGGAAAGCGUUGUGAACAGCAACAUAACCCUGAACACCAGUGACCAGGAUGGCUCUGUCUUUGUCUAA